AUGCCCGGAAGUCAACUGCAGGAGCAUCCUCGAGCCGCGCAGAGUUUCCGCGGCAUGAUACCCUGCGAGGUGUUUGACUGGUGGGAGGCGGCGGCAUGCGAGGCCGCCAUCCUCGGAAUGAACCGGAUUUACUGCCCGUUCAAGGGCUGCUCAGCGGCGCUGUUGGUGGACGAUGAGGACGGCGGAGUGGCGACUUUAAAGGAGGCCGAGUGCCCGCACUGCCGGCGACUGUUCUGCACGUUGUGCAAGGCGGGAUGGCACGGCGAGUUGAGCUGCUCGGAGUUCCAGAGGCUGAGGACGAAGGAGAGGAGGAGGGAAGACUUGCUGCUGAUGGAGGUGGCGAAGGAGAAGGGGUUGAAGCGGUGCCCCAAGUGCAAGUUCUUCGUGGAGAAGACCGCCGGCUGCCUGCACAUCACUUGCAGAUGUGGGCACGAGUUCUGCUACUGA